AUGCUUGAUGUCGGCGCCGGUGGCCGCACGCCGUCGACGCACCCGGCGCUGCGCCACUGCGUCGCGCUCCUCCGCCUCCACCUCGCCGCUCCCUCCCUUGCCACCGCCAAACAGCUGCACGCGCGCACCCUCCGCGCGGGCGUGCCGCCCGCGCACCCGCUCCUCGCCAAGCACCUCCUCUUCCACCUCGCCUCCCUCCGCGCCCCUCCCCUCCGCUACGCCGUCGCCGUUCUCACCCGCGUUCUCCCCCACCCGGACCCUUUCUCCCUCAACACCGUGCUCCGCAUGGCCGCGUCCUCUCCGCACCCUUCCCUCGCGCUCGCGCUCCACGCCCGCCGCCUCGCGCCGCCGGACACGCACACCUACCCGCCGCUCCUCCAGGCGUGUGCGCGCCUCCUGUCGCUCCGCGACGGGGAGCGCAUCCACGCCGAAGCCGCCAAGAACGGGCUUGCCACGCUCGUCUUCGUCAAGAACUCGCUGGUCCACCUCUAUGGCGCGUGUGGCCUCUUCGAGAGCGCGCACAGGGUGUUCGACGAAAUACCCGUCCGCGAGCGCAACCUCGUCUCCUGGAACUCGAUGCUCAAUGGGUUCGCGGCCAAUGGACGCCCCAAUGAGGUUCUCACCAUCUUCCGGGAGAUGUUGGACGUGGACUUCAUGCCAGAUGGGUUCACCAUGGUGAGCGUGCUGACAGGGUCUGCUGAGAUUGGCGCGCUUGCUCUUGGGAGGAGGGUGCAUGUUUAUCUGACGAAGGUUGGGUUGGUGGGGAACUCACAUGUUGGUAACGCCCUGAUUGAUUUGUAUGCCAAGUGUGGCUGCGUCGAGGAUGCAAGGAGGGUGUUUGAGGAGAUGGGGACAGGGCGAACCGUUGUCUCCUGGACAUCGUUGAUUGUAGGCUUGGCGGUGAAUGGUUUUGGGAAGGAAGCACUAGAGCUGUUCGGUGUGAUGGAGAGGGAGAAGCUUGUGCCGACUGAAAUCACUAUGGUAGGAGUACUGUAUGCUUGCAGCCACUGUGGACUGGUUGAUGAUGGGUUUAUGUAUUUUAAUAGGAUGAAAGAGGAGUACAGCAUUGCACCAAGGAUUGAGCAUUUAGGAUGCAUGGUGGAUCUGUUGGGGAGAGCUGGUAAAGUCAAGGAAGCAUAUGAUUAUAUCCUCACCAUGCCACUGGAGCCCAAUGCUGUUGUGUGGAGGACCUUGUUGGGUGCUUGUGCAAUGCACAAGAAGUUGGAACUUGGGGAGGCUGCUUGGGAACGACUGGUUGAGCUUGAUCCAGGGCAUAGCGGAGACUAUGUUCUCCUCUCGAACCUUUAUGCUGCUGUUGGGAGAUGGGCCAACGUUCAUGUGCUUAGGAAAACAAUGGUCAAGGAUGGAGUGAGGAAGAACCCUGGGCGCAGCCUUGUGGAGCUCCGCAACUCUGUGUAUGAGUUUGUUAUGGGUGAUAGGUCUCAUCCGGAGAGUGAACAGAUAUACCAAAUGCUUGCUGACAUAGCUGAUAGAUUGAGACGUGAAGGUUACAUCCCACGUACAAGCAAUGUGUUGGCAGAUAUAGAGGAGGAAGAGAAAGAGACUGCCUUGAACUACCAUAGCGAGAGGUUGGCCAUUGCAUUUGCCUUGUUGAAGUCUCUUUCUGGUACUCCUAUCAGGAUAGUGAAGAAUUUGAGGGUGUGUGGGGAUUGUCACACUGCAAUUAAGCUAAUAUCAAAGAUUUAUGACCGGGAGAUCAUUGUGAGGGACCGCAGUAGGUUCCACCAUUUCAAAGGUGGAUCCUGUUCAUGUAAAGACUAUUGGUAG